UCAUCUCAUGGCGAUUUGGAAGACCAUUGAUUGGUCCCUAACUUCCACUAACAAGGAACCCCAAAUUUCACCGCCAUCUUCUUCGAAAAUCAUCAUUUCCGUCAUCUCUCUUUCAAAUCGUCGAUUCCUCUUCGUAAAUUCCUCUACAAAUUCACCAAUAUCAUAUCCUUCAUUAGAAGACACGACCAAAAAUGACCUCUUAACACUCCAAUUCGACUCUCAAAACCAGCAGAAUCUCUUCUUAGAUGAAGGAAACGUGAAUGAAUUUCUAUGUAAACUUUGUAAGGAUCCUCAAACAGAAUCUCUAGCUUUCCAAUACUAUGAAAAGGCGAAAGAUCGACCGGAAUAUCGACCUAAUCAGUUGAUAUUCAAGCUGUUGCUCAGGUACUUGAUUAAACACAAACAAUGGAAUUCAGUUUCAUCACUUGUUAAAGAUUUUAAGGAUUUUCAAAUCUUUCCUGAUGUGGUUACUUGUAGUAAGUUGGUAAGUGGUUGUAUGAAAGCAAGAAAAUUCAAGAUUGCAGAGAAUUUGCUUGAAACUUUUGAAUCUAUUCAAGAUAUUGCUGUUUCUGCGUUUAAUUCAGCCAUGAAAGGUUAUAAUAAGCUGCAUAUGUAUAGCAGUACAAUUUUAGUUUACAAUCGAAUCAAAUCGGCGAAAAUUUCGUUAGAUUUAGAUUCUUAUUAUCAGACAUUGGAAGCAUUUUACAGAACAGGGAAUACAGAGAAAGUUCUGUUCUUAUUCAAAGAAUUACAGAGCCAAAAUUUUGAUACAAACAAGAUUUAUACACAGAUUUACUUGGUAUUAUGCAAUUCUUUAGGGAAGUCCGGUCGUGCAUUCGAAGCUCUUGAUUUCUUUAAUGAAAUGAAAGGGAAAGGUGUUGUUGAAGAUUCAUUGAUUUACUCAUCUCUGAUUUCUUCUUUCGCUAGUAUCCGUGAAGUUAAAAUUGCUGAAGAAAUUUUCGAAGAAGCCAAAGAGAAAAAAUUAGUAAGAGAUCCAGCUUUGUUUUUGAGACUUGUUUUGAUGUAUGUUGAAGAAGGAUUAGUAGAGAAAACAUUACAAGUUGUUGAAACAAUGAAGGAGUUAGAUAUAAGGGUUUCUGAUUGUAUCUUUUGUGCAAUCAUUAAUGGAUAUUCGAGAAAACGAGGACUCAAUGAUGCAAUCGAAGUGUACGGCGAACUAAUUUCUCAAGGAUAUGAACCAGGUCAAGUUACUUAUGCUUCGAUCAUAAACGUUUACUGUCGAUUAGGAUUAUACGAAAAGGCUGAAGUGAUAUUCGCGGAGAUGGAAAGUAAGGGUUUUGUUAAAUGUGUAGUUGCUUAUUCCAGUAUGGUAUCAAUGUAUGGUAAAAUUGGAAGAUUAAGAGAAGCAAUGAAAAUGGUGGCCAAAAUGAAAGAAAGAGGUUGUGAACCAAAUGUUUGGAUAUAUAAUUCUCUACUGGAUAUGCAUGGAAAAGUUCCGAACUUAAGACAAGUUGAGAAGAUUUGGAAAGAAAUGAAACGCAGGAAAGUUAUGCCAGAUAAAGUUAGUUAUACGAGUGUCAUAUAUGCAUAUAGCAAAGCCAGAGAAUUCGACGAAUCUUUGAAGUUUUACGAAGAGUAUCGGUUUAAUGGAGGUUCGAUUGAUCGAGCUAUGGCGGGAAUUAUGGUUGGAAUUUUUUCCAAGAAUAAUAGAAUUGAUGAAUUGGUUAAGCUUUUACAAGAUAUGAAAGCAGAUGGAGCUGGUCUGGAUUUGAGACUUUAUAGAUCAGCUAUGAAUGCUUUAAGAGAUGCUGGUCUUGAAGAUCAAGCAAAACGGUUUGAAGAAAGUUUUGAUUCCAUAAAUACUCCGAACAGGGAACCAAAUCGUCCUGUUCAAAAUAUUUGGGUUCGCAAACUGCCUGUUGAACCAUGAGAGCAGUUUCCAGUAGCUGUGUUAGCUGGUACAAAUUGUGCAGCGUGUAUGGAAACAGAUCAUAUACUCCACAAUGUCCACAUCCUGUUUUUUAACUGAUUCUUUUCUUUACUCAAGUAUUUGUGUCUAAGUCGACAUUGCUAAUUUGGGAUCAACAUGGUGUCCUAUCCCCAUUAUCCUUGCUCCUCCCUCCUUUUUCCUGUUUGGUUCUCCCUAUGCCUUUUAAUAAAGAUAUCUCAUAUCUGUAAUACACGAAAAAUUUAAUGAACAAAAUCGCUAUAGAAAAUUGGAUUUAUUGCA